UAGUUUGUAAAAUAUGAAGUGAUAUGGAAUCUGUACAGAAAGCUCAUAAAAGACUUCGUAAUUAUCCCGUAUUACUUGCAAAAUGUGCUAAUACAGCAGCGACUUAUGCAGCUUGUGUAACUCGAGAACUAAAUGUAGAAAAGAAUGUAUGCGAAAAAGAGUUUCAAGAAUUUAAGAAGUGUUUACAAAAAGUUGCUAAGGAAGGAAAAAUGCGUUUGUAACAAUAACGUGAAAUAAACAAAAAUACGUAAAAAUAA